UAGGUAUACAUGUGAACAAAGAAUACUGUGUGUGUGUGGGGGGGGGUCAGAGUGUGACCCCAUAAACGACUUCCCAGAGGUACAGGAUAAAAGUUUGAACAAUCAUACCAAGGUGGUAACAUCCUAGUCCUACAGGAUCUGACUUGCUUAAUUUUGUACAAGCUGACAAGAUAUUAUUGCAUUAUGCUGUUAUGCUGUAUAAGUUGUAAAUGCGUUUUCAUGGCAAUAAUAACUAGUUUAGUACCAGUUAUACCAAGAAUAAGAGAUAAGAAGAGUGAGACGAUGAAGAGAAGGGUACGGGUAGGAGAAGAAUUCCCAGUGUGAAUUAUUUGUUUCAAGCCCUGCAUGAACAGUCUUGAGUCAAACCUUCCUGAGACUGUUCUAUGUGGGCUUUCCUUGUUCUGUCUGUAUAUGCAUGAUUCUUUUUUUACUUGGUGCUCUGUUUCAAAGACAUGUUAGCUUAAAUUGAAUUAUUACUUAUUUCAAAAUAGCUGUUGAUGUGACAAAAGGUGCUUCUAGUAAAGGGUUAGACUGUAAAAACAAAGUGUAAAUGUCCCUUCUGUGACCAUCCUCUAAGCAUACAACAACUGGACUCAUCCGGUAUGUAAAAUAGGUGAAUCAUCUCUUAAUUUCUUCCUUUCUUUCUUUUUCCUUUUCUUUUUUUUAAACACUAAUGAUGAAAUUAGAAGCUCCAACUUUAAUUGCCCUAAAAAACUGAUGUCUUUGAUCCUUCUCUUGGUCUGCAGGAGCAGAGGUAUUUAAGAUAUUUGGAAAUAUACCUACCUGAUGAAAUAUUUAAUUGUGAAUUACUGCAUCACCAAGUCACAAUAUCCUGACUCAAUUUUCCUCCAGUGUCCAUGUCUUGGUGAAUUGAUAAUAUCAGUAUCUGUGCAUAAUCUUGAUGAAUAUGUAUGCACUCUUUUCCUGUUUCUGUCCAUCAUGUAACCAAACAUGCUGUAUACUCACUUCCUGCUGGGGCCUGCUUAGACACUAUCCACUGAAGCAUGCUACCCGGGAUAGAGGUCAAAUCUGUCUGACUUAUUUUUAAACUGGGAGCCGUAUUGCUGGAAUGAAACCUGACACUUUGUUGCUGUUAAUGUUUGUGUGUUUGGUGUGUAUGCCUGUGUAUCCGUGUGGUCUGCUUUGGUCCAUCUCUCUUUAUGCUUCUAGCAAUGCUUUUACUUUAACAAGAGUGUGCAUCUGAGCAUGUAAUAAAUGGCAUAGCUACAUAUAGACAUCAUUAAUGAACAGCUGUGCAAACAUUGGCAAAACCCUUUCAAAUAGCUUGAAGAAUUCCAAUCACAGAUACGACUCCCUCGCCCAGACAGUCAGGCGAUGAUAUCAGGACAGCCAAUCAUUAGCUGAUCUCAGGAAAUACUUCCAAUAGUGAGAUCUAUGGGAUUUAAUUGAUCCUCAUCCAAACAUUAAGGGUUACACUCGACAGUGUACAGUGUAUUAUAGCGGUUGUCCCUACCUUAACGAAAAGGAAACUAACUCUGACCCCCAUUUGUAUGGCUGGGAAAUAUGUUAGGAAAACUAAUUAAGAGGCCCCCAUGCUGCAAAUGGAGUGAGGGGGUGGAGUUCUGAGGAAGAACAUGACAUCUCUGGGAAAGGGCUGCAGGGAGAGAGAGGCCAGGGAACCUUUUGUACGACUAGUUGGAUUAUAAAAAUCAGAAAACAGAUCAACCACCAUUUAAACUGCUGUGCCUUUAAGUUGUAACUGGAUUGUUUUAAAAAAAAAAAAAAUUGUAUCUCACCCAGGACCAUUUAUUCUGAUGAUUAUAUCACACUGAAUAUGGAUUUAUUAUAUCUGAAUCAGAUGUUUUGAUGUUGUUUUUGUCUUUUUCCUGGAAUAUCAUGCGCAAGUUUGAAAAACUUUGAUUAAUCCUUUUUGUGUUUGAAUUACGCUUCGAUUACAACUUUUUUAUAUAUCAUUUUUACCCACCUAAACUUUACGUUUCAAUCUGCACACCAGUGCCACUGCCAGAUCUCUCCAGUGAACAUCAGCAGCCUAUCACAUCUCCCUUCUGGAUGUACCCAUAAUAGCAACGCAGAUCGCUUAACACUUUUUCGCAGACUGUCGCUGGUGCCUCCGAAACGGGGGUUUGGUUAUGUAUACGUUCUUUAUUCGUUUUUUUUGAGAACUUUCUCAGCUUUGGACGACAACAUUGCCAUCCGUGUGAAAUGUUCCCUCCGUCCCCGCUACUGCUCGUUUUCCCCGCUGCGCUCUUCUGGGCCGCACAAGUUGCCGGGGACCUCGAGGGUGUUACCAUCCCCGGUGAGAGCGCAAGUUUCGACCCGGCGCACCCCUGCGCCGUAGUGUCUCCACCAUGCAUGAGCGAGGCUGAUCGCUUCAGCUUGGAGGCCCUUCGGAGCAUCCAUCAGAUGAUGGAUGAUGACCAAGAUGGGGGGAUUGAGGUGGAAGAGAGUGUGGAGUUCAUUAUUGAAGACAUGAAGCAGCAACAGACUAACAAACACAGCAACCUGCACAGAGAAGACCAGCACAUCACAGUUGAGGAGCUCUGGAGAAGCUGGAAGUCAUCCGAAGUACAUAAUUGGACUCAGGAUGACGUGCUCCGCUGGCUGAAGGAUUUUGUUGAAUUGCCACAGUAUGAGAGACAUUUUAAAGAGUUUAAGGUCAAUGGAAACACACUCCCCAGGAUUGCAGCUAAUGAGCCUUCAUUCCUGAGUGGCCAGCUAAGAGUUCAGGACCAGAGAGACAAACAGAAGCUCACCAUCAAAGCUCUGGAUGUUGUUCUGUUCGGACCACCUACACGGCCCCCUCAUAACUACAUGAAAGACCUGCUGCUCAUUGUGUCAGUUGUGAUGGGAGUCGGCGGCUGCUGGUUUGCCCAGGCUCAGAACAAAGCCAGCAAAGUCCACAUAUCUAAAAUGAUGAAAGAUUUAGAAAGUCUCCAGAGGGCUGAACAGAGCCUCAUAGAACUACAAGAACAACUGGAGCGAGCCCAGGAAGAAAAGCGUAAUGUGGCAGAAGAAAAACAGAGCCUAGAGGAGAAGAUGAGAGAUGAGAUCAUGGGGGCACAGGAAGAGGCUCAUCGUCUGCAUGAGCUGAGGCAGGGAGCUGUUAGUGAGCUGAGCCGCCUCAGAUAUGCAGAGGAGGAGCUGGAACAGGUCCGUGGAGCGCUGAAGCAGGCCGAGAAGGACAUGCAAGCCAGCUGGACUGUCACAGAGGUGCUUCAGCAGUGGCUGCAGCUGACACAUGAGGUAGAGGUGCAGUACUACAAUGUUAAAAAGCAGAGUGCAGAACUACAGCUUGCCACUGCCAAGGAGGAGGCAGAGAAGAUUAAGAAGAAGAGAAACUCUGUGCUGGGGACACUCCACGUGGCCCACAGCUCCUCUCUAGACCAAGUAGACCACAAGAUUUUGGAGGCCAAGAAUGCCUUGUCUGAAGUAACAGCCUGCCUGCGGGAGCGUCUUCAUCGCUGGCAACAUAUUGAGCUCCUCUGUGGGUUUCCCAUCAUCAGGAAUCCGGGUUUAGCAAAACUCACUGCUCAACUCUACUCCGACUCAAUUGCCCUGGGGUUGCCUAGAGUGUGCCAGUCAUCUUGUUCGUGCCACAGCUCCAUUCAUGGCUCCAUAGAGGAUCUUUUAGAUGAGCCUACCUCUCCUAUUUUACCUCAGAUACCAGUUGCAGUUGCACCACUUAAACGGUCUCCUCGAGCACGGGUAUCCAUACGUCGGUCACGUCGCUCAGGGAUCAUUCCUCAACCAUCAGCCACCAUGAUCUCCCCAGACCCUGACCUUCUUAUCCCCAUCCGAACUCCCUACUCUUCCUAUGACGAGGAAGAGGAACAUUUUCGAAAAACACUAAAAAAACAAGAUUCCCAAGAAAGGUUCUCAGAUUCAGAGUAUAUGACUUCUCCUCCUCUCAGCAAACUGUUCCCUAGUUCUGCUGUUGAUAUCUCCUCUCGAAAGCUCUAUCACGAUGACACUGAGCUGCUUGCUGAGAGCCCUGUUACAAAAACUUUAACUAAAGAAGUAGAGGCUCUUGUUGAAUCGCCACCUCACAAAAUGUCAGUGGAAGACCUUGAAACUUCUGUUGAUAUUGCCUGUAGCAAGAUGGUUAGAGACAAAACCUUGGAUACUUCGUUGGAAACAUCUUCUUUAAAAAUGUCUGCAGAAGAGUCAUGUACAGAUUCAACAUCAAGGAAGAUGUCACGCAACAGGACUGGACUUUCCACUGAUGUUGCGCUUAAAAAGGGAAUUUCAAAUGAGACAGAUGCAGAGUUUUCACCCAGGAAAGUAGAGAAGGACACAGUGGGGGAUUUGACAGAAGUUCCCUCAAAGAAUACAUUCAGAGAAAGAAGUGAUUUGGGAAUAGAUGUGAGGAAGAUGAUAUGGGAUGAAGUAGAAGCAUCAGUGGAUCUAGCAAAAAGGAAGAUAUCAAAAGAUAUGAUGGGCUCUUCAACUGACACUUCCUCAGGAAAGAUGACAAGGGAUGAUCCUGAGCAUCUAUUUGACUCCAGAAGGAUUACUAGAGAUUCAAUGGGAGUUUCCCAAGACACAGGUUCCAGGAAACAUGCGUUCCAUAAAGGGGAAAAUCAAUUUGAUUCCUCUGUGAGGGGAUCAGCAAAAGACAAAAUAGUUGAGACAACCAGAAUACCAACAAGAAAAAUAUCUAGAGAUGAGCUGGAGUAUUAUACAGAUGUUGCUUCAAUGAAGAUACUGCCCAGAGAGAGACUCGAAGCACUUGUGGACACCUCAUCCUCUACAGAGAUGCAAGAGUUUUGUUUAGAGCCAUCAACAAGUAAAGGUUUACUGAGAAAUGAACUUGAAAUGUCUGCUGGUUCUCUCAGAAGGAGAAUGCCAAGAAUGCCGAGAGAGGAUGCUGAAAGCACCAUAGACACUCCUACUGGAAAAAUCUCUUGGGAUAGAGUUGAUAUCCCAAGGGAAAUGCCUAAACAAUUCAUCUUGAGGGAAGAGUUAUCAGAAUCAAGUUCAUUGGCAGCUCACAAUGUGCAGCCUGAUCUCAUGUUAACUUCCCAGGUGCCAUGGAAGUCUUCAUCAGACUUUUUUACUGUUGGGCCACUGAGCCAGCUCGUUUAUGAUGGAAUCCUUGAAAAAUCAUGCAGCUCCGUGUCUUCAGCAACAAACCUCUCUGCUGGCAGGCUGCGAGCAGAGAUGGAGCCACCUCUGCCAAAACCAAGGGUUGUCCUUCCUGCUCCCUCAUUGCCUUCGGAGGCCGCAGAUGACAAGAACAAGGAAAAGGAAAAGAGCAAGAAACCUUUAAAGCUCAAAAAUCUCUUUAAAAAGAAAAAUGAGUCGAGUCCAGAGAAGCUUUAAGGUGCUCUUCGGAAACUCUGGCAAUCAGCUGAUUUUUUUCUUUCUUUCUUUUGAACAUUUUAUAGAAACUGAGUUUCGAAUUGUCUUUGAUGACAUUCAGUAGUCAAGGUUUUACAAACCUUUUAGCUCAAGGGGUUCAACUAUAGUGUUGCAUUAGUUGUUAAGGAACUGGAGUCAUUAUAUUAUUAUACACGCUAUCCCAAUUUUAGGGGUAAUCAAAAAUAGUUAAGGUUAAAGUUAAGAUUAAGUUAAGGGCUGUUUUUAAUCCUUGGAUGAAAGUCCUUUUUAGUUAAUGAAAUGUAAAACACAUGGAUUUCACCAAAUUUUACAUUUAAUCUUUUGAGAUGCCCUGCCAAGCAUUUACUGCAACCACCUUAGGUUUCUUUAUAUGUUUUCUGAAGCUGUAUAUCGGACAUGUAUCCAGUUAAUCUUGACCAUCUUGUUUAUAGAAUAGCGGUUAUAUCUUAAAAGAAGAUUCAAAGCCAACCCCAUCUUCUUUUAUCUAAACUCCUACAGAGUCAAAAUGACAAAAAGCAAACUAACUAGUAAUUGGUUUUACUUUCUAUACUAAGUCUUAUAGACACAUGGUUGAUAUAGUAGUUUAGUUUUUUUUUUAUAGUUAUGUGUGGUUGAAGGAUUAAAAGUUUUAACAGAUGCUUCUUUCCAGUAUGACAGUGGCAAUUCUUAAAUUCAUUUUAAAGAUUAGAAACUCAAUCAAAACUGUUUAAUACAGUGCUAAAGUUAACACAUUCUUGUGCAAAAGAAACUGAGUUAAACUUUGUGAUGUCCGAAUUAAAUUUACCUUCCUAAACUUAUCCAAAUUGACUAGUUAGAAAUUUUUGGGAAAUUUUCAGUACAGCUGCAUAAUGUACAUAUAUAUCAACAUUAAAGGACAAUUUAAAGGAACUGGAAUUGAAUUUUGUGUAGGGUUUAGGGUUAAACUCCAUGCUUUUAAAUGAACAUUAAAAUAGAGACAGUUUUUAUUUACCUAUUUAAUUUUUUUUUUAAAUUUUAAUUACCACAGCAAUUGUUAGAGUCCUUAAACACGUUUGACGGCUGAAUAGCUCUAAAAAUAUGCAGCACAAUAAAGAAUCAUUUAUUAUACAACAAAUAUUUGUAAUAGUUUCAUACUAUAUUUUUUCAUAGAUGGUUCAGUAUUAUUUUCUUUAGCCCCUUUGCAAUUAAAUGGCAUUUACAGUCGCCAUCAGCACUUUUGAUGUGUGGUUAAACAACGACCUUCAGAUAGAUUUAAACAAAGUAGACAAAAUGAUUCUCUGAUGCACUGUCGCAAAUGAAACUGCUGACUGUUUGCACUGCUAAUAUGGAGGAUUUUUGACUACUUCUGUGUUAGGCAGAAAAAAUUAAGUAAAUAAGUGAGUAGCAAGAUUUGAAAUGGAUCAGGAUUCACAAAGUAAAUAAUCAUAGUUUUUAUUCUUUAAGAAUUCUCCUUAUGUUUUAUGUUUGUUAGUUUUGCUUUGAUAACUUACAAGCAUAGAGAUUAGUUUAUUUUUUGUAAAACAACAAAUGUAAAAAAAAAUUAUUAUAACUGUCUUAGUUUCUGAAAUUAAUGUAUUAAGAUAUUUAAUUUCUAAAUUGUUUAUGUUAUUGAAUGAUUAAAGCUCAAUUGUUUUCAGGCAUUAAAUCGUUUUCUUGUUUUAACUUAGUUUUUUUAUUUAAGCGCUUCAAAUAUGAAGAUUCUUCUUCAAUAAUUAAGUAUUUUUAUACCAGUUGUAAUCAGAGGUGCAGUGCUGCUGAGUGCAAAGGAACAACACUGCACCACUAUUUUUCCAAAUGAGGAAAUAAAAUAUUCACAGUUGGAUUAAUUGGUUGAAAUUCGGUCUAAUUCUUGCAAGAAAGCCAUUAAUAGCAAAAUGAGUGGUCACAGCUGUCAUCAUGAUAUUUAGAGCCAGAUUUGGCAAUGGUGUGCAACAGUACAAAACCCUCUUUUCGCAUCAGAAAGCUACCUGAUGAUGCAUUCACAAAAAUGCAAACAGUACACUAAUUAACAUAUGCCAUGAGCAGUCCAAAGUACUGGCUCAAAGUGAGCAGACCUGACGAAGGGGGUCAGUGAUGUCAUAAGAAAAAUAAUAAUCUAUAAGUUGAGGUUUUACACAUGUGUUUCUCUCUGAAAACUGUGGAAAUGAAAAUAAAUAACAGGAGGCUGAAUGAGAAACAAUAUGUUUAUGAUAUAAGAGAUAACUCUUCUGAAAUUUCUAGGGACUGUGUUAGGUCCUGAUGACUAAGAUUCAGGUAGAAUGUAUCAAGAGGGGUGCAUUAUUAUUAUCAUGUGAGCAACAGCUGACCUGUUCAUGUAUAGAAGAACAACAAAAAUGUAUUUACCACCAGAACCCGAGGGACAAAUAACUCAGAUUGAUGCUACAACAAAGAGAACUGCACUUUUGCUUGUAAGUUGUUUCAGUGUCAAGUACCAUGAGUGUAAAAUGUUUUCCCCUGUGUUAGAAAAGAAAAACUGAUUAACUGUGUCAUGAAUAAAUGGGCUGUUAUUUACUGAUUUAUAUGAAAUUGAUGAUAACUCAGGUUACAAAAUUGGUAAAAUUUAAAAAUGCUGUCCAUUGUGUUAAAAUAAAAUCCUGAAAAUAA